AUGGGUGCAGCCUUAUCGCAGGUUAUCAGGGAGUCUCCCGUUCAUGCCACUAGAGCUUUUAUGAAAGAUGCUAAGUUUGAAUUCGAUAGAAUCAAGGGCUUGAAGGAUGAGCUUGAUGCUAAGGUAGCUAAGUUGGAGUUGGAUUUAGAGAAUGAGAAAUCUCAAGCUACUACUGCUGAGGCAUCUGCCAAUUUAGCUGAGGAGAUGGCAAAGAAGUCUAAAGAGAGCUACACCCGCACAUAUGCUGAGUUGUUGGAGACUAGGGAGAGACUUCAGUCCGUCCAAGCUGAUUAUGUCGAGCUCCAAGGUCAUCUGGUGGAUAGUGUGAUCGAUGCGUAUGAAAACUUGAAAGCCCAGGUCCAGGUUCUUGCCCCUGAGCUUGAUCUUACCCUAUUCAGCUUGGACAAUAUGGUGGAGGAUGGCAGAAUUAUGCCUGCUCCUGACGAUGAGGAGGAAGGUCCUCCCCUUGUGCUGCGAGACAAAGUUACUGUAGCUUUGGCCUCUUCAGCUCCUUCUGGCAAGGUGUUGCUGAUGAGCGGAUAA